CGGCCCGGCCCCGGCCCCCAGCUCGCGCUCGCGCCCCUGGGGCGGCUGGGUGGUGAGGGACCGAGCGCCUGCCUGGUGGCCGGCCGGACAAGGGACGCGCGGCGGGUGGCCGCGGGGCAUGAGGCGGGGGCGCGAUGUCUGUGCCGCUGCUCAAGAUCGGGGCCGUGCUGAGCACCAUGGCCAUGGUCACCAACUGGAUGUCGCAGACGCUGCCCUCGCUCGUGGGGCUCAACGGCACCGUGUCCCGCGCGGGCGCCUCCGAGAAAAUCACUCUCUUCCAGAGUCCAGAAGAGGGCUGGCAACUGUACACCUCGGCCCAGGCCCCCGAUGGCAAAUGCAUCUGCACCGCCGUGAUCCCCGCGCAAAGCACCUGCUCCCGCGAUGGCCGGAGCCGGGAGCUGCGGCAGCUGAUGGAGAAGGUCCAGAACGUCUCCCAGUCCAUGGAGGUCCUCGAGUUACGGACGUUUCGUGAUCUCCAGUACGUGCGCAGCAUGGAGACCCUCAUGCGGAGCCUGGAUGCGAGGCUCCGGGCAGCUGACGGGUCCCUCUCGGCCAAGAGCUUCCAGGAGCUGAAGGACAGGAUGACGGAGCUACUGCCCCUGAGCUCGGUCCUGGAGCAGUAUAAAGCAGACACUCGGACCAUCGUGCGCCUGCGGGAGGAGGUGAGGAAUCUCUCCGGCAGCCUUGCAGCCAUCCAGGAGGAGAUGGGCGCCUACGGGUAUGAGGACCUUCAGCAACGUGUGAUGGCUCUGGAGGCCCGGCUCCAUGCCUGCGCCCAGAAACUGGGCUGUGGGAAGCUGACUGGCGUCAGUAACCCCAUCACUGUUCGGGCUAUGGGGUCCCGCUUUGGCUCAUGGAUGACUGACACGAUGGCUCCCAGUGCCGACAGCCGGGUCUGGUACAUGGAUGGCUAUUACAAGGGCCGGCGGGUGCUAGAGUUCCGCACUCUGGGCGAUUUCAUCAAAGGCCAGAACUUUAUCCAGCACCUGCUGCCCCAGCCAUGGGCGGGCACAGGUCACGUGGUGUACAAUGGCUCCCUGUUCUAUAACAAGUACCAGAGCAACGUGGUGGUCAAGUACCACUUCCGCUCGCGCUCCGUGCUGGUGCAGAGGAGUCUCCCUGGGGCUGGCUACAACAACACCUUCCCCUACUCCUGGGGUGGCUUCUCCGACAUGGACUUCAUGGUGGACGAGAGCGGGCUCUGGGCUGUGUACACCACCAACCAGAACGCAGGCAACAUUGUGGUCAGCCGGCUGGACCCGCACACCCUGGAGGUCAUGCGGUCCUGGGACACUGGCUACCCCAAGCGCAGUGCCGGGGAGGCCUUCAUGAUCUGUGGCGUGCUAUAUGUGACCAACUCCCACCUGGCUGGGGCCAAGGUCUACUUCGCCUACUUCACCAACACGUCCAGUUAUGAGUACACGGACGUGCCCUUCCACAACCAGUACUCCCACAUCUCCAUGCUGGAUUACAACCCCCGGGAGCGGGCCCUGUACACCUGGAACAACGGCCACCAGGUGCUCUACAAUGUCACACUCUUCCAUGUCAUCAGCACCGCUGGGGAUCCCUAGGUGCCUCCGUGGUCAGGCUGCCCCGCGUGGGCUGCUGGGGCCCUCCCGCUCCGCCUGUCCCUGUGGUGCCCUCUGCCACCUUUCUGCACAGCUUUCAUUCUCUGCCCUGGAUUCCUAUCAAUGCAUCUUCUCCAUUUUCUCUUCUCCUUUAUUGAUCUCUGCUUUUGAUACUCCAUUUCUUGGUCUUUCUGCCUUUAUUGAUGUCCCCCUGUCUCUUUCUUUUCAUUGAUCUGACCCUCCAGUUCUGUCUCUCUCCCUCUCCCUCUCCUGCUCUUUGCUUCCCCCUAGUCUUCAUCCCUCACUCCCUACCCCCAGCCCCUGGAGUUGAGUGCAUGGAUCUCUUUUUUUUUAAACUUCUGCUUUUUUCUUUCCGGGUUGCUGGAAUAAACAGGACCUUUGACAUUUGA